UUAUUUUUAAUUAAAAUAAUAUAAAUUAUAUUUUUGUAAUAUUAAAGAUUAUUUACACUGUGUGCGUGUUUGUGUUUGUUAGAAUAAAAAAUGACUUCUCUUAUAACAACACCGCCAAAUGCAAAACGAUUUUCCAUGGUGAGAAGUGCUCGUCAAGGUAGCGUCAUAGAUUUGGAUAUCGACAUGUUUCUUAAAAUUACUAAUUAUGAGGAUACCGUCAAACAGCUUGAUAUUUAUUAUGGAAUUGUCAAACGUCAGUUACUUCGAUAUCAAAGUUGUAUAACUGGCUUAUUUCCACAAAUUACAACUGAUAAAGUUGUUGGAAGUAUACGUGAAAGUAUUUAUUGUGCUGCUGCAAUAUGGAGUUUAUAUCAAGCCUAUCGACGUAUAGAUGAUGACCGUGGAAAGUCUUAUGAACUUGGUCAGUCAGCAAUAAAAUGUAUGAGAGGUAUUUUAGAAUGUUGGAUGAAACAAUCACCAAGAGUAGAAUUAUUUAAACGCAAUCAAUCAAAUCGUUUUGCUCUCCAUUGCAAAUUUCAUUUAAAUACUGGAGAUGAAAUUUUUCAAGAUAUGGAAUAUCAUCAUUUACAAAUUGACGUCGUAUCUCUAUACUUAUUAUUUUUAGUCCAAAUGAUUUCAUCAGGAUUACAAAUAAUAUAUACCCAAGAUGAAGUAGCUUUUAUACAAAAUCUUGUAUAUUAUGUAGAAAGAGCAUAUAGAACUCCAGAUUUUGGAAUGUGGGAACGUGGAAGUCGUUACAAUGAUGGAACUCCUGAAAUACAUGCUAGUUCAAUUGGUAUAGCAAAAAGUGCUUUAGAAGCUAUUAAUGGUUGUAAUUUGUUUGGAGAAAAGGGUGCUUCCUGGUCUGUAAUAUAUGUCGACAUUGAUGCACAUAAUCGUAAUCGUAGUAUCUUUGAAACAAUGUUACCACGAGAAUCAAGUUCAAAGAGUGUAGAUGCAGCUUUGUUGCCAACAAUAUCUUUCCCUGCUUUUGCUACUCACGAAGAAGUAUUAUAUAAUCAAACUAAAUCAAAUAUAAUUGGUAGACUCAAGGGUAAUUAUGGAUUUAAAAGAUUUGGCCGAGAUGGGUAUAAAACAGUGCUAGAAGAUACACAACGUCGUUAUUACAAAUCUGGUGAAAUAAAGGAAUUUGACAAUGUUGAAUGCGAAUGGCCUCUAUUUUAUAUUUUUAUGAUAAUCGAUGGUGUUUUUAAAACAUUACCUGAACAAGUAGAAGAAUAUCAAAAUUUAUUAAAAGCUAGAAUAUACAAAGAUCUUCAUGGAGAUCCUGUAAUACCUAUGUACUAUUAUGUGCCCAAAGAAAAUUUGGAAAAUGAAAGAAAUGAUCCUGGUAGCGUUUAUCGAAUACCUAGCGAUGAAGGAAGAGGAUAUAAAAAUUCAACAAAUUCAGAUGAAUCACCGAUGUAUUUAUGGAAUCAAGCAAUGUUUGUAAUUUCUCAGUUGUUAACUGCUGGCUUAUUACAUAUCAAUGAAUUAGAUCCUAUUCGUCGUUAUUUACCUUCGUAUAAUAGACCAAGAAGAGCUGGAAGAUACUCUGCUUUCCAGGCAAAGCCCACUAUUGGCACUCAUGCUGAUCUUGUAGUACAAAUUGUUUUAAUUGCCGAAUCUAUGAGGCUACAAGCUAUGAUGGCAACUUAUGGUAUUCAAACACAAACUCCGCACGAAGUUGAACCAGUACAAAUAUUAUCUUCGACUCAAUUGAUUAAAGUCUAUCAAAAACUUGGAGUUAAUAAGAAAUUAAAUCUUCAAGGACGUCCAGCUAGACCCAUUGGUUCUUUGGGUACAAGCAAGGUGUAUAGGGUGUGCGGUAUGACGGUACUUUGUUAUCCACUUAUAUUUGAAGUAUCUGAAUUUUAUCUAUACAGAGAUAUGGCUUUGUUAAUUGAUGAUAUUAAAACAGAACUUCAAUUCGUUGGUAAAUAUUGGCGACUUUCUGGUCGUCCAACUGUAUGCCUUCUAAUAAGAGAAGAACAUAUGAGAGAUCCACAAUUUAAAGAAAUGUUAGACUUAUUUGCAAUGUUAAAGAAAGGAUACUGCGACAGAACCAAAGUACGCAUUGGACGAUUGCAAAAUUUAAUUUCAUCUUCUUGCAUUGAACAUUUGGAUUUCGUUAAUUCUAUGGAAACUGAUCUCGAACUAACUCAAUUCAAACAACUGCAACAUGAUUAUAUUGGUUAUCAAAGUCUCACCGAUGUUCCAAGAGCUUUAGCUUAUUCUGAAGAUAUAAAAGAUUAUUCUUAUUUUAUGCACGAGCCUUUGCAUAAUAUAUUAAACGAAAUUCGUAAUUGUGAUGGAUUGUAUGUAAAGUGUCAACUCUAUGGUGUUUUAUUAAAACGAGAAGGUAUCAACUAUGAAUUUAAUGGAACAACAGUUGGUGAUCAUUUAAGAGCACUGUAUCAGCAAGCAGGUUGUCUUAGAUAUUGGAUGGCUGUUCGUUACUGUAGCAGUUUAUUACACCAUACUGUUGAUAGUAUAAGUCCUUUUAUUACUGGUGUACUUGUUAAAGGCAAACAGAUAACUGUUGGAGUUAUUGGUCAGGAAGAAACUGUAUUUGAUAAACCUAUGACCCCUGCAGAAAUUCAAUCUGUCAUGUAUUCUACUAUUCAACCUCAUAAUGUAAUACAAGCUGUACUUCAACAAGAAGUAUUAUUGUAUUGUGGUAGACUUAUUGGAACAAAUCCAGAAAUGUUUAGAGGAAUAUUAAAAAUUCGUAUUGGAUGGGUAUUAGAAGCAAUGAAGCUCUACUUAGAAAUGUUUGUGAAAAAUCCUGAGCCAAUUGAAAACUACAGUCCCUAUAAAGUUAGACAAGUUUUGAUCAAAGUAUUGACUGUUAAGGAUUGGGCCGAUUCAGAAAAACUUACUGUACUUGGACGAAGAAGAAUAGAAGGAAGUUUAUGUAGAGUUCCUACACAUUUUUACAAUCAAGUAUGGCAAGUUUUAAUGCGUUGUCCUGAAGGUAUAUGCGUCAAUGGACGUGAAUUACCACAGCAACCAACACUUUCUAAUAUGACACAAUCGGAGUUAACUUUUGCUUUGCUCGUUGAAUCUUUACUUCAUCACAUACACUUACCAGAAUAUCGUCAAAUUAUAGUUGAGUUACUUAACAUAGUAUCAACAAUUUUGUUAAGAAAUCCCGAGCUUAGUUUCCAAAAGCAAUUAAAUCUAAAUAAACUUGUCGAGGAUAGUUUUGCCAUGUAUUGCAAGGAUCAAAAUUUGGAGGUAUCGGAUGAUCUUACACCAUUCUUUUCUAUACACUAUUCGUUGACUACCGGUUACCUAGCUAGGGCAGUUGUAAACAAUGUUCUUGCAAUUGGUUGUGUAACUACCAUUACGGAUGCCAAAGAUAAUUUCGAAUCUCACGAAAUGUGCAAAAUAGCGUAAAUAUAUAUAUAACUCUUAAUCAACGCUCUAAUCAAAUAUACUUUAAUAAAUUUACAAGAACAACAUUU